GUGGCCCGACAGUGCUGGAGUCGGGUGGGGUCGCGCCUGACUCUGCCGGCCACAAGCUGGGAGCCCCCAGGAACAGGCGGACCCAGCCAGAGUGGCCGAUGAAGGGAGAGGAGGAUGCGAAUGCAGGCUCGGCUCGAUCUGGGCACAGCGUGGUGUGCCCGGGUAGAGGUGUGUCCAGGAGUCCGGGGCUCCUCCUGGGACGGACAGCGGGCGGGGGCUUCGGCCUGUGUGCACUGCAGCACGUGCCCCGGGCGGCGGGGACAGGCACCGGUGCAGCUCACAGGCUCUGAGCCGCUGCCGCCUCAGUGGCGACCUCUCCAGGCCGGGCCGGGCACCGCACGCGAGGCGAGCGCGGCAACCACAGACGCUCUCCAAAGGCUUCCGCGCCCCCCGGGGCACCCGGGCGGGGUAAUGCCCUCGGUGAUGGAGAAGCCCACUGCGGGCUCCGGGAUCCUGUCCCGAAGCCGGGCCAAGACGGCGCCCAACGGCGGACAGACGCACUCGGAGGAUGACAGCAGCGAGGAGGAGCACUCGCACGACAGCAUGAUCCGCGUUGGAACCAAUUACCAGGCAGUAAUUCCGGAGUGCAAGCCUGAGAGCCCUGCGCGCUACAGCAACAAGGAGCUGAAGGGAAUGCUGGUGUGGUCGCCCAACCACUGUGUGUCAGAUGCCAAGCUUGACAAGUACAUUGCAAUGGCCAAGGAAAAGCAUGGUUACAACAUUGAGCAGGCGCUGGGCAUGCUUCUGUGGCAUAAACACGACGUGGAGAAGUCACUGGCGGAUUUAGCCAACUUCACCCCUUUCCCUGACGAGUGGACGGUGGAGGACAAGGUGCUAUUUGAACAAGCCUUUGGAUUCCAUGGCAAGUGCUUCCAGAGGAUCCAGCAGAUGCUACCGGACAAGCUGAUUCCAAGCCUAGUGAAAUAUUACUACUCUUGGAAGAAGACACGCAGCCGGACUAGUGUGAUGGACAGGCAGGCACGGCGGCUGGGUGGCCGGAAGGACAAAGAAGACAGUGAUGAGCUUGAAGAGGGACGAGGAACCGUGAGCGAGGGAGAGCCAGAUGCUGGAGACCCCAAGAGAGAGCCUCUGCCAUCUCGGCCUCUGAAUGCUCGGCCAGGUCCUGGGAAGAAGGAGAUCCAGGUGUCUCAGUACCGCCACCACCCACUGCGAACUCGGAGACGCCCACCCAAGGGCAUGUACCUGAGUCCUGAGGGCCUCACUGCAGUGUCAGGAAGCCCAGACCUUGCCAACCUCACACUCCGAGGUCUCGACUCACAGCUCAUCUCCCUUAAGCGACAGGUACAAAGCAUGAAGCAGACCAAUAGCAGCCUCCGCCAAGCACUAGAGGGUGGUAUCGAUCCACUCCGCCCCCCUGAGGCCAAUACCAAGUUCAACUCCCGCUGGACCACAGAUGAGCAGCUUUUGGCUGUACAAGCCAUCCGUAGAUAUGGCAAAGACUUUGGGGCUAUUGCAGAGGUGAUUGGGAACAAGACUCUGACGCAAGUGAAGACCUUCUUCGUGAGUUACCGACGCCGAUUCAACCUGGAAGAGGUGCUGCAGGAAUGGGAGGCUGAGCAGGAUGGGACCCCUGCGGCCCCAGUCCCCAUGGAGGAGGCCAGGCGAGGGGCUCCUGUGCCAGUGACAGCCCCAGCCCUAGAGGAAGAUGAUGAGGUCCAGAUUACAUCUGUGUCAACAUCUGCACCCAGAUCAGUACCCCCUGUGCCACCCCCGCCUCCACCACCCACCUCGCUGUCCCAGCCCCCUCCUCUGCUGAGGCCACCUCUACCUACGGCUCCCACUCUGCUCCGCCAGCCACCCCCCUUGCAGCAGGGCCGCUUCCUGCAGCCCCGCCUCGCCCCCAACCAGCCCCCACCACCUCUCAUCCGCCCUGCCCUGGCUGCCUCUCGCCACAGUGCCCGACCUGGCCCUCAGCCUCCACCCACCCUGAUUGGACCCCCCUUGGAACCCCCAGCACCCUCACUCUGAGCUCUGGGCCUUCCACCACCCAGAGGCUCCUGAACCCCUUUGCUGGGUAUCUCUGGCAUCACUGAGGACAGAAGGGACUAGGGCUUUUGCCAGGUCUUUCAAAGACCCAGAGUUGCCAGUUGGCACAGCCUGGACCUGUGGGUUCUGCAUGUGUUCCUGGCAGCUGAGCUUGUCAACCCCCUAGCCAGGGGCUGGUGCUUGGGGCCUACAGGGACUGGAAUGGCUGCCUCCUUGCCUGCCUGCUGGGGGCUUGGCCUUUGAGCCAGCCCUUUUUGUGUAGGGGUAGUGACCUUAGCAUGGGGGAUGGGGGGAGAGGACAGUUGGGGUGAUGGCUGGCCUCACUCACCUUUUCCUCCUUUUAGCAAUAAGUCAGGUGCAGUGGGGAGGGGGAGUGGGACUGGCAGAGGCCUGGUGGGAAGAAUGUUGAGAAGCUGUGAGAGGGGCCCACUUUGCCCACCCCAGAAAAUCUUGGAGAAGGGGGGAGGGUUGGGAAGUUAUGCAGACAUGGGUUUAUUUUUCAACGUUUUUAAAAAAGAAAUAAAUGCAACCUCAAUGUA